AACAGAAUAGUUUGAUAACAAAGUUGUUAGGUGAUAGUAGUGAAGAAGAAAAGGGGCUCCUUCUCAUCCCUAUUGUAGGGAUGGGAGGCAUGGGGAAGACAACUCUGACCCAACUAGCCUAUAAUGAUGACCGAGUCAAAUCCCAUUUUGAUAUGAGGCAAUGGGUUUGUGUUUCAGACCCUUAUGAUGAGAUUAAGAUUGCCAAAGCCAUUAUUGGUAAAGACGCCCCAAGUUCAAAUGAAUUGGAUGAGGUCUUGCAAUGUAUGUCUAAAUCCAUCCAGGGCAAAAGGUUUCUCCUUGUCUUGGAUGAUGUAUGGACCGAUGAUCCUAAAAAGUGGGAACAAUUAAAGGUGCCAUUAAUCCAAAGUGGUGCUAAAGGCAGCAGAAUACUGGUGACCACAAGAAAACUAGAGGUUGCUAAUAUGAUGAGAGCAACAAGAAACAUGAUCAAUCUGGGAGAGUUGAGUGAUGAAUAUUGUUUGUCAAUCUUCAAUCACAUGGCCUUUUCGGAUAGGGAUGUACACGAGUUUGGAGACAUUAGCAAGGAAAUUGUAAAGAAGUGUAAAGGUUUGCCUCUUGCUGCAAAGACUUUAGGUAGUCUCAUGCAGAAUAAGAGAACAAUGAGAGAAUGGAAAGAACUUUUGAAUAGUAAGAUAUGGGAUCUAGAGAAGGUCGAGCAAGAAGUUUUCCAACCCUUAUUCCUAAGUUAUUAUGAUUUGUCCCCAACAAUUAAAUCUUGCCUUUUAUAUUGUGCUACUUUUCCUAAAGAUUACGAGUUUAAACGAGAUGAUUUGAUUAAACUUUGGAUGGCACAAGACUAUGUUAUUUCGAAAGGGAAUAAAAGUAAGGGAACAACAGGUGAUGCAGUUUUUGACAACUUAGUGGCCCGAUCAUUUUUCCAGAAUUUUGAUGAAGAUCGUAAAACUGGUAGAAUUACAAGUUGCAAAAUGCAUGAUAUUGUGCAUGACUUUGUGCAAUUUCUCACCAAGAACGAGUGUUUGAUUAUAGAUCAUGGUGAGGAAACUACCAACAAAUCAAAGGUAUUGGAUGAUAAGGUUCGUCAUUUGACCUUGAGAUAUGUUCCUGAAGGUCCACUUGUUAUCUCAUCCUACAAUUGCAAAAAGCUUCGCACGCUCGCAACUUUUGAUUCAGGAAUUACUACCAUAGACCCAAAUUUAAUUUUACAAUUGAAAUGUCUUAGGACAUUAAAUUUGAGUGAUAAUUCCAUCAAAGAACUCCCAGAGGAGAUUGGUGAAUUGAUACAUUUGAGGUAUAUUGAUUUGUCUUACAAUGAUGAUUUGGAGAAAUUACCGGACACUAUUUGUGGUUUGUACAAUUUGUCUACCUUGUGCCUUCGUUUUUGCUCUAAACUUAAAAAACUACCUGAAAACAUGGGAAACUUGAUUAGCUUAAAGCAUCUUUAUGUUACCGGUUGUCGAGUUCUAGAGUUGCCCAAAGGGAUAAGGAGAUUAACAAGUUUACAAACACUAGAUGUGUGUCGGUGUGGUGGCGACAACGAUGAAGCAUUCCAAAUUGGGGAUAUGAGAAAGUUGAACCUUGAGGGAAGUCUCAGAAUACAACUUGUGGGGGAUGCGACAGAUAAGAGCGAGGUUGAGAAAGCACAAUUGUCGGACAAAAAGCUAUUUCAUCUUACCUUUGUUUUUCAGAGGCAGACGAACAAUAGUAGUAGUAGUAGUAGUGUAGAAAUACUGAAUGCCUUACGACCGUCCCCAGAUUUGGAAUCUUUAGAUAUUUGGGAUUAUAAUGGCACCACGUGGCCCAAUUGGAUGCAGUCUUUACACAAUUUGAGAUUCCUCAAUCUUUCUUAUGGGACACAGUGUGAAGUUUGGCCUCUUGGGAAAUUGGAGUACCUUGAAAGACUGACCCUAUACUGGACGUAUGGAGUGAGAAAGGUCGGUGUUGAAUUUUUGGGAUUAGAAGAUCAAACCUCAUUCAGAAUCAGAUCACCACCCCUGAUAUUAUUCCCAAAAUUGAAACAACUAGAGUUUUUCUACAUGUCGUAUUGGGAAGAGUGGGAAGGCGUGGAAGAGUGGACGAAAGAGGAUUCUGAAAUUACAAUCAUGCCAUGCCUUUCUGAGUUAACAAUUGAGAAUUGCGCAUUGCUAAAAGCACUGCCAGACUUCGUCUUCAAAACACCACUGCAGACUCUUCGCAUCCCUGGAUCUGAGAGACUUGUAGAGCGUUACCAAGAAGGCAAUGGAGAGUGGGCCAAGAUUUCUGCUACGAACCCAAACAUCCGCAUUAUCAGAGGAUGGUCGUGACUCGCAAAGCACAUUUAUGAAAACAUCUGUCUCGGCGAGCUUGAGAUGAGUAUGAAAGGGACCUCUAUUGAAGCAAA